AUGCAUGUGUGCAAGUUAUGCAACAAGAGUUUCUUGACUGGGAAUAUGUUGGGUGGUCACAUGAGGAUUCAUGGAACUAGAAAAUCUAUUGAAGGAAAUGUCAAGUUCGAAAGCAGCAACGUGGGUCCUGAUAGUUGUGGCCUAAGAGAACAGCCCAAGAAAUCUUGCAAAUCCUCAGACUUCAAUCACGAUGAUAGUGUUUCAAUGCAAGAAACAGUGAAAUGUAGAUUUUGUGGCAAAGAAUUUGGUUCAGAAAAAUCCCUUCAUGGUCACAUGAGGCAUCACCCUGCUAAAGAAAGAAAUGGAGUUUACUGCGAAGAAUGUGGAAGAGGGUUUCUGUCGUUAAAAUCUUUAAGUAAUCACAAGAGACUGCAUCGUGAGAAUUUUAGGAUCUCAAGUGAACCAAGGGCUAGUUCUAGGCCUAAUCUGGUUUCUAUGGCUUUAUCUGCUACGGAGGAUGUGAAUCUUGUGAGAAGAAAGCGAUCUAGUAGAAUGAGGUACAAGAUUACUCCUAAUUCUUCUUUUUCUAGCUUGAAUGAAUCUUUUUCUGGUUUUGAUAUUGACCAAGAAGUUGAAGAGGCGGCUCUUACUUUGAUUAUGAUGUCUAGGAGUGGAUGUGUUGGGUUUGAUUCAUUGUGUCGAAAUAAGCGAAUUGAGAGAGAUGAGGAUUGCCAUGUUUUUUAUGGUAAUGAACUAGUCAAGCCAAAGAAACCCAGAGAGGAUAAUUUAGACUCCUGUGAUUUGGAUUCUAUGACUAGUAUAUAUGGAUGUAGUGGUGAAGGUGAUACUGAGACGGGGCGUGAUGAGGAAAAUCAAGUUAGAUCGAAAGUUCCGAGAGAGAGUAUUUUCAAGUAUAUUGAAUCCAAGAGCCCUCAAUUGGAUGAUGAAUCUGGAGUUGAAUUUUGUGGAAUUGAUAAAGAGAAGGGAGAUCAUGACGAAAUGCUUACCACUUGCACUGAAGCUGAAUCAAGUCAGGAUCUGAUGAGUGAAGUUGGAUUGGAUUGUGCUGGUUUGGGAUUUGAGAAAUCUAUUCCAAGUAAUCAAGCAAGGUUUGAUGCUUGUAAUUCUGAAAUGGGAAAGGAAUCUCGGUAUCAGAUGGUAGUAACCACUUCAAGUUCUGAUAUCAUGCAAGGUCCUAGCAAGAAAGGUGAUUUCACGUGCAGAAUCUGCAACAGGAAAUUCAACACUCAUCAGUCACUUGGGGGUCACCAAACAUUCCAUAGGAAGAGUCCCAUAGAGGUGAAGGUUGAUAGCUGCGAAAAGGAUAUCCAGACUAAUUUUUCUGCUGAAACUGAGGCUACAGACAAACUUGAAUGUAUUCAGGAAUUAGCAAAGCAGGAAAGUGAUGAUGUUAUUGUAAAACAUUGCGAGUCAAAGGAGGGUAAGGAGCACAAAUGCUCAAUCUGCUUUAAAGUUUUUCUAUCUGGCCAAGCUUUGGGAGGUCACAAAAGGGCUCAUUUUCUUAGAGCCAGAGAAGAACAGGAUACUGCAUGA